UGGAGAAGCUGAGAGGCCUGCAUCUUGAUCUGAAGGCAACCAGGAGAGACUGGAAUCCUCAGGCAGAUCUCUCCACAUUGAGUAGAGGCUGAGCAUAAGAGGCCUCCAAAGCCCACCCCGACAGUGACGCACUUCCUCCAACAAGGCCACACCUCCUAAAAGUACCACUCUCCCAUGGGUCAAGGAUAUUCAAACCACCACAACCCACCCCCCAAAGGUGAAAGGAGAAUGAAUUCCACAAAGUUGCCCUCUGAUUUCCAUAUAUACAUCAAACAAACACAGAUCCAUGCUUGGUUGUUCAGGUGUGGUAGUAUAUACAUUUAAUCCCAGCAGCACUCAGGAGGCAGAGGCAGGUCUGUGAGUUCAAGGCCAGCAUGGUCUACAGGGCUAUGAAGAGAGAUCCUGCCUCAAAGGCAAAAGAGCUGUAGAGUGUAGAGUAAUUCCUCCUGUGUUGGAUCGAUAGGCUUUUAAAAAGUUUGAAAUAUAAACAAUUUUGUGAGUCACAUGAAAGACGGCACACUAUAAAACACUAGUCUCAUCGUUAGCCUCAGCUGUCGGCUUGACGGCUCAGCUACUGAGGAAGCUCCAGCACCCUCUAAUAGGGUGGCCUGUAAGCACAUCUGUGAGGGGGUUUAUUGAUUGCCCAUUGUGGGCAGUGCUCUUUCUAGGCAAGCCAGCCCAGGCUGUGUAGAAAAGUAGCUGAGCCAUGACCCUAGAGCGUGUCAGGGAGGAGUCUUCCCCCACAGUUCCUUCCCCAGUUCCCUCCCUGACUUCCUUCAGUGGUGGAUGAAUUCCCAGUGACCCUAACCCUGGAGGUUUAAGUCAAACAAACCUUUUCCUCCCCUAAGGUAUUUUUGGUCACUGAUUUUUCUUUUUAAUCACGGCAACAGGAAAGCAGCUAGAACAGGUAUGUCCCUUGAAGUUCCUGUGACAUUUGACAACCACAAUGGACCAAAAGGCUAGUCUCAUUGAGAGAUCUCUUCCCACUCUAUCCUUCUGUAAAACUGGUAGGCAGCUGUCUGUAGACUUUUCCUAUUUCCCCCUACUUUCGGGGGCAGGAAACAAGUCUUGGCUGACGUCAGUAUUCCCAGCAAACUGGUGAACACCAAUACCAGGAUGGCCCUCAGGUCAAACUCGGAACAGACUACUGGGCUUUUAUUAGGAGAGGGGCUGGAGGUUGUUCCAGGGAAGGAGUGGGUAUUCUAGAAAAACACCUGGUGGCAGGCGUUGGUUUUCUCUCCUAUGGAAGCAGGGUCAGUAGUAAAGUCUUUACUUUCAGAAAUAUGAUUUACGUUAUAUAAAAAGUUGCCCAGACCCCAAUGAUUAGUUCCAUAAACAGAAAACUAAAGAAGAUGAUCCCAGAGGCGCUAAGAAGGCUAUGUGCCUUACGGGGCAAUGAGAGCUGGAUCAACCUUAUUAACAAGCAGUAGGGGGUUGGGGAUUUAGCUCAGUGGUAGAGCAGCGCUUGCCUAGGAAGCGCAAGGCCCUGGGUUCGGUCCCCAGCUCCGAAAAAAAGAACCAAAAAAAAAAAAAAAAAAACAAAAACAAAAAACAAAAAAACAAAAAAAAAACAAGCAGUAGGUGAAGAAUAAUAAAGAAAAGAAUGGGCGUUUCUGGCAGAUGCUUACUGAAUCCAUGUAACUAACGGGCCGGCCAAUUGGUCCGUGAUUGUCACCCUGAUGGUAGAUCCCAGGGCAACUCAGGGAUAUAAUUGACAGCUGUUGGGGGGGGGGGAUUUGAAAUACUCCGGGGAACUGCAGUUCUAGUUAUCAAUCCUAGUCCUCGGCAACCUGUUUUGUAUUUAUGCACCUGCCUAAGUGGUUCCCAACUCGGGUUCAGUCCCGCUAGGCGGGGCGCCGCAGCCAGGUAGGCUGCACCCUCUCUUUCUCACCCGACUGGACGCCCCGAUCCUCACAGCCGGGAACAAUGAGGUUCCGGUUUCUUUAAGGGAGAUACCACCGCGCCGGUGGGGCAGGGGACAGCAUCCACCCAGAUGAUCGCACCCAGCCCCUCGUCGCUGCCUGGGCCACUCAGUCGCCCGCAAACACGGCUCGGUGACUCGGAUCGAAGGUGUAGCCAGCCUUCCAGCACCGGCCGCGCCUCCCCACGGGCCCGCCGCCCAGCCCCACCACCGGCGAGAAAGAUGCGCCGGGCAUCCGGCCCCAGUGAACCGCGUGCCCGCCGCUCGAAUCCUCGACCUUGAAGAUGGUGAGUAGCCAGCCAAAGUACGAUCUAAUACGGGAGGUAGGCCGAGGUAGUUACGGUGUUGUGUAUGAAGCAGUCAUCAGAAAGACCUCUGCGAGAGUAGCCGUGAAGAAAAUUCGAUGCCACGCACCCGAAAAUGUUGAACUAGCCCUUCGAGAGUUCUGGGCACUAAGCAGUAUCAAGAGCCAACACCCAAAUGUGAUUCACUUGGAAGAGUGCAUCCUACAGAAAGAUGGGAUGGUGCAAAAGAUGUCCCACGGCUCUAAUUCUUCCCUUUAUUUACAGCUUGUAGAGACUUCAUUAAAAGGAGAGAUCGCCUUUGACCCCAGGAGCGCCUACUAUUUGUGGUUUGUGAUGGAUUUUUGUGAUGGAGGAGAUAUGAAUGAGUAUCUGUUGUCCAGGAAACCCAAUCGAAAGACUAACACCAGCUUCAUGCUUCAGCUCAGCAGUGCUCUGGCCUUCUUGCACAAAAACCAGAUAAUCCACCGAGACCUGAAGCCUGAUAACAUCCUGAUUUCUCAGAGCAGAUUGGAUACCAGUGACUUGGAACCCACACUGAAAGUGGCUGAUUUUGGCCUAAGUAAAGUUUGCUCAGCAUCUGGGCAGAACCCAGAAGAACCUGUCAGUGUAAACAAGUGUUUCCUUUCCACGGCAUGUGGAACGGACUUCUACAUGGCUCCGGAAGUAUGGGAAGGACACUACACGGCGAAAGCUGACAUUUUUGCUCUGGGAAUUAUCAUCUGGGCCAUGCUGGAGAGGAUUACCUUCAUAGACACAGAGACGAAGAAGGAGCUCUUGGGGAGUUACGUAAAGCAGGGGACCGAAAUCGUGCCUGUCGGGGAGGCACUUCUGGAAAACCCCAAAAUGGAACUUCUCAUCCCUGUGAAGAAAAAGUCUAUGAAUGGGCGAAUGAAACAACUGAUAAAGGAAAUGCUGGCCGCAAACCCUCAGGAUCGCCCGGAUGCUUUUGAACUAGAACUCAGAUUAGUCCAAAUUGCAUUUAAAGACAGCAGCUGGGAAACGUGACCUGCUGUUUGCAGGCAUCUAAGGUGGUGCUGCUUCAGAGUCAAGGGAAACACAUCACAUGGCCGAAAAGGAGAUGGAAGUGAGGCUCCACUCUCUAAGGGUUUAGGUUUUAUUGUGGGGUAGUUUUUUUCUCUCGUUUUUCUUAAUCCAUGCAGGCCAUUUUAUUGUAUGUUUUGAAUGUGUAUUACCAAUGUGGCUGUAAAAAGAUUUUUUUUAAUGAUCAUUGGUAAAAGGUUGGCAGAAAAAAAUUCCCUUAAAAGCCAAGCAGAGAAGAAAGUCCCAUUUUCUAGAACUAUCUUUAAGUAUUUUAGACAUUCCUUGUCAGUAUUAGGCAUUUCUGUGGAAGAGGAGGUUUGCAUGCUGGUAAUGCAGCCUUCGCGGUUUGUAAAGGAAACAUAUAUGUAUAUAUUUAUGUAUAUGUCAACGUGUGAGCGUGUGCAUUUUGCAUCCCACAUGAAGGAAAUGCCGCUUCUGUUUAAAUUAUUUGAUACAGGUUUGCGUUUUUGAGAUUUGCGGAUGAAAUUGGUGAUAAAAACCACACAAAGCACCCCUCAUCCUCCCCAUCCCUCCUGCUACUGGAAACAUGCUAAGGGUAUUUUGUUGUUGUUGUUGUUGUUGUUGUUGUUGUUGUUGUUGUUUUCACAGUGUGCAUCUCUUCUUAAAGGCAUCAUCUUGGAGGGUCUAAAUGGCUGGUUAAACAGAACUGAAGCUAAGCAGCUCUAAGCCACUGGAGGACGUUUGAGCUCUCCAGGGCCCUGUAGCUCUUUGAGUUGACUUAGUCAUUGAGUCUCACAGUAGAAGGUCGGCAAGGCUGCCUAAGGCUCACUCACACUUUUAGGUAACAGCGUUUGUUAAGUAGUUAAACCACUGCACUGGGACGAGCAGGAGUUUGAGCUGUGACUCAACCUGAGGAUGGUUUUCUUCUGGUCUGGAAACGUGGCGUACGCAGCUGUGAUACCUUUUUUAAACCUCAGCAUGAAGUUGACGAAACCAAGCGAGCUCACCCUCCAGUUGCUGGCCCUGGUGUGGCUUCCUGUUGGAUCACUGGAGUCUCUGUCACUUUGACACUGACACUGUUUUGUCUCGUGUGAUACUGGUAAUCACUGUCAUAAAUACUGGUCGCUUUCUUCCAAAGCGAGAGAUAAUGCAUACAGAGUUUGGCAAAUGGAUAAAAUUCUAUGCCAUCAACUGCUUUUUGAGUAGAAAAGUUGUCGGUUUCAUAUGGUCACCUGGCAUCUGUAAGAAAGCAAGAGACUCAACUCAUGAGGGGAAAUUCUAACUGCAUGGUUGCCUCCAGAUUGUUCUUGCUAAUUCAGGAACAUUAAGGAAAGGAUUCUUUCUUAAAUCAGAACACCAGUCUUUAAGAUGAAUUGGAUUCUACCAUUGUAUCUAGGGGAGGCUUUAUAAGGCACUAGCUGCCCAUCUCCAGUGCUGGGGUAGAACCUGGGGUCUUAGGCAUGUGAGGGAGCAGUCCACCACUGAUCCUACGGGGAUCUUGUUAAGCACCAAGAUGCAAAAGACAAAAUAAUAUAAGUAUAUCGCCGUUAUUGGCAGUUCUUACCGCCUCAUCAGUGCUGAACCUCCAUACCCUCACAGUAGGUCUGGCUGUAGUUCACUGGAGAGCACUUGCCUGGCAUGUACAAGGUUCUGGAUUCAAUCCCUGCCAUCACAAAAUCAAUAAAUCAACAAAUGUGUUCAGAAGGUGAUUAAAGAUAAAAACAAUGGAAUAUGUAAAAAAAAAAAAACUGCUAGACUGAAUUAAUCUGGAAGUUUAAAAACGUGAACUGAAAGGCUUUAGUAAAAAAUCUUAUCAUAUGGAAAAAAGUCACAUACACUUAAUAUCACUUGCAGACUUAACUAAAAUAAUUCUUUCAGAAAUAAGAGAUAGAAGUGUACUGGAUCCUCAUGGUAAUUGACCCUCUGGGUCACCAAGUUGACACAGAUCUGACCAGUGGAUUGAGUUGAGAAAAAGUCUCAUUACAAUGGCUUAACAUUGACUUGGCCCUCAUCAGAGUGACAUGUGAUUCGUGCCAACAGUCCUCUGCUCCACAAAUACCUGUGCACUUGAAGCCUCGAUGACCUGAGCACAUAGCUCUUGAUCCUGCCCCCUUGAAAAUAACAAGUAACUUGGUUUGUCUUCUGUUUUCCUUGGUACUGGCAUCAUACCCAGGGCCUUGCAUGUGCUACCCAAAGGGGUUAGCACUGAGCUAAAUGUCUAGCCACAGUUAUAAUUUAUUUUGAAAGAUUUUUAUCUGUGAAAUAGAAUUCUUUCCUUCAUUAAAGGAAAGGGUGUGAGAUGAUGAGAAAAUUUCUUCCAGAACAUUCUUAAGUCCUUGUAUUCUGAAAUAGCUUAUGAUAUCAGCAGAAGGACAAUAAUUUGUCUUUGUUCUUUCAGUCAGGGGUAUUUAUUAAGUACCUACUGUGUGCUCAGCACUUAAGUUUAGUUGAUACGACAACUGUUUAGAUUUGCAGUUCUAGGGGCUGGAGAGAGGACUCAGUCAUUAAGAGGACCUGAUGUUCUUGCACAGAACUGGAGUUCAGUUCUCAGCACCCAUGUUGAGUGGCUCACAGCCAUCUAAGUCCAGCUCCCAGGGAUCUGAUACCUUCUUCUUGCUUCCAUGAGCGCAUGCGCGUGUGCACACACACACACACACACACACACACACACACACACACUUUAAAGAAUAAAAACAAACCAUUUUUUAAAAUGGCAUUUAGCCAUGCACUUUCUUCAGACACAUGUAAGAAAUAAAAGAUGAGUGAUACUUGGGAAUUUUGGAUAAUUGCUAAAGGAAAAAAAUGCAAUCAAGAAAUUGUGCACAGUGCCUUGCCCAUAAUAGGUACUCAAUAAACAGUUAUCCCUCAUAGUCUGUUGCCAUGGUUUUCUAGUGUUUUAUGAAAUUUGUCUUAAUUGAAAAAAAAAAAGACCAAAUAUUUCAAAUAAAGCGUAUAGGCAGCUGUGUCCAGUCACUGUAGGGUUGUACAGUUAGUCUCCUAGGCUGUUAAUCUGCACCUGUUGUCACUUAGAAACUCGGGGCUCUGUAGAUUCUUGGUGCUAAGGGAUACUUUGUCAUUCCGAUGAAGUAAGUGUUAAGUGUCAGAUAAAUAGCACAGAAUAGUUCCUUCUGCAGGUCUGGGUUUUUGUUUUUAAUUGUAAAAUGUUACCAAUCAAACUAUUGUAUAGCUACAAAAUAAUUCACCAGCAUGACAAAAUAGUCAGAAGACAAAAGAAGAUGUCAUCAGCACAUCAGAAAAGAAGGCAACUUUAAAACUUUUCUUUUAAAAUUGUCAAAUAUAUUUUAUGAAGAAUUUAUAAAGGGGGAAAGUAUUGUAAUUUAUUGUUCACGAGGUUUUUUUUUUUUUAAAUAAAGUGAAUUUCAACAAAAAACAAAACAAAACAAAA